AUGGACGCCCUAGUUGAUAUCAUUACGCUGGAGAACCUAGAACAGAAGUUGCCGCGAUGGGACCCCUCGGGCUCCAAUCAUCUUUACGCUUUGGUCGAUAUGGGAAGCAACGGCAUCCGCUUCUCCGUCUUGGAUCUCUCCCCUCCGCGGACACGGCUCCUGAAAACCGUUUACAGGGAGCGGGCCGCCAUCUCGCUGUUUGAUGCGUUGAAUGGGCCAUCAUUAACUUUCCCCGACGAGACGAUCAAGCUGGUCUCGCGGACUCUGGCACGUUUUAGAUCCAUCGCUAUCGACGACUACGGCGUCCCUCCAAACCAGUUGAGGGUUUUCGCAACAGAGGCGAUGCGUCGGGCCCAAAACGCCACGGCUAUGCUUGAGUCCAUACGGGAAGCGUCCCCAGAUCUGUCCGUGUACAUCCUCGCGCCUCCAGUCGAGACCCUUUUUGGCUCAGUGGGGGCCCGCUCGGGCUUCGUCGAUGUGAAGGGUUUGUUCCUCGAUCUCGGCGGAGGAAGUGUCCAGAUGACGUACUUAGACUCCUAUGCCGCGAAAUCCGGUCCCCGAGAAGAUAACGUUGGACCCGAGGUGGCCGCCGCGCUCGCUGGGCAAAGUCUUCCUUUUGGGGCUGCCCGCCUGAUCAAGGUGCUGGACAACGGCGACGCUGCCACCCAAGCGUCCGAAAUAUCAAGUCUUCGCGCGGGCAUGAGCAAGGCGUUCCGGACAUUGUGCACUAAGUUCCCAUCUCUUGCCGCCGAUGCCACCGAAGCCCAUCAGAGCGAGUCUCAAACGGAAGCUGCAGCCACGCCAGGGAUCGACGUCUAUCUCUGCGGAGGUGGCUUCCGAGGCUACGGGAGCAUGUUGAUGCAUAGGCAUCCUAUACAGCCGUAUCCUAUCCCUUCCAUCGGGUCGUUCACCGUCUCAGGGAGUGUGUUCGGGCAAAACAAAGAUCUGCUCGAGUUCAACAAAUCUUUUGACGGCAAGAUUUUUGGCAUGUCGAAACGCCGGCGGGCGCAGUUUCCUGCCAUUAUUGCUGUGGUCGACGCACUCAUUGCUACUGUGCCCGCUAUUCGCUCAGUUACCUUCUGUUCUGGGGGGAACCGCGAAGGGGCUUUGAUGAUGAGCCUGCCACCAGAUAUUCGGGAGAGUCACCCCUUGACACAGUUCGGGGAUCUCAUGGGGAACCCCGAAGGUUACAUCAUGGGCUCAGAUUUAGCAAGUGUUGCAGACGUUCUUGAUGCGCUGCGGUCCGCAUUUCCACCUGGUCUCAAUUUGGCCACCACGACCACGGUGUUCAGUUUGCAGCUCGGUACGCUUUAUGCUCACCAAAUAUGGGCUCAGUUGGGGUGCGAGGCUGAGAAGAAUGCAUCGGCCACUUUGCAUAACGCGAUCAGUUGCCCAGACCAGCCCGGGCUGACGCACCUCGCCCGCGCCGUCCUGGGUGUCACAACUUGUGCACGGUGGGGAGCGAGCCUAGCACCCAUCGACGAGCAUUUAUACAAGAGCCUCCGGGCCUUGAUGGAUGCGGCAGAUCCAGAUGCGACAUUUUGGGCCGACUACACUGGCGCCGUGACCGCAGCUAUGGCGGCCCUGGUGAAAAGCUGGCCCAAGACGCAACGCGCUAUCCAAGAUAAAAUCAGCUUUCGGUCGACCGCGGAGCAGGGGAAGACGCUCCAUAUUCGACUCGACAUCUUCGUCAAUGAAGAAGCAGCGUUAGGAGUGGACCUUGACGAUGUGGCCGGCCAUUUCAAGAGUUUGAAGAAGCAUAAGCAUUGCGGGAAGAAAGUCACGGUCAGCAUCAAGCCACUCCAUUGA